AUGAAGCUCCUCAGCCUCGCUGGCGCUGUUGCGUGGUUCGCAUUUAACCUCCACCGGGCCACUGCCUUGUCGAAUAUCACCUUCUACUCGGACAAUGCAUGCCAGACCUUCAAAGGCUGGAAGACCGGUCCCGACGAUGGAACAUGUACACCGUUCCCGACAAACGUGCAGGGCUAUCUCAGUUUCAUGGUCACAAGUCUGGACCAAACGUGUGCAGUUACGGUUUACGGCAGCGAUGUGGCCUUUUGCAGUUCCACCACCCUAUUCCUCGCCCCCUUCUCCGACUGUAUGACAGCCACGAACGUGAGCCAAUUCUCCGUCGAUUGUCAGGACCUAUCAGUUGCGACUUCGGCAGUGCCAUCCGUGGUUCCGACCGGAGCACCUGAUCCUACUGGUUCGACCGCGAAUGGUACUUCCACCGGGAUCAGCAGUGACGAUACAGGGUUAUCUGGCGGCGCCAAAGCCGGCAUCGCCGUUGCCGCAGCGGUUGUGGGGCUAGGACUCAUUGCGCUGUUGGUUUUCUUUGUCGUUCGAAGCAACCGCAGGAAGAGAGCAGACAUGGAAGCCAGAAGGGCUCAUGAAAUUGAUUCUCAACCCGCUGCACCGCCCUAUUCCGAGCUGCCACAGAAUGAAAAGAAGAUCGCGACCGAGAUGCACGCAGCCAUGCCCCAAGAGAUUGCUUCGUCGGUGAUGACGCCGGUGGAAGCUCCAGGAGACGAACGUUGGGGUCCUCGACAAGAAUUACCGGGCGACUGGGUACCGACCCCGGUGGAAGGGUCCCAUGCUUCACAUCAGCCGGGUGAUUCCAACACAGUGGUGUCCUCGGAGGACACGACAGUGGUUGGCGGUGAAGGCAAGCUGAAUUCAAAGAUUCGCGGUGUAUCACAGCCCUAG